AUGUUAUAUCUUGUUCUUGCGUUUAUUACUUACGUUAAAUAAAAUUAGUAGAACUAUUUUUAGAUACAUUCGAAUAAUUUGAAUGAAUUUCUCAGGAGAAUAAUUAAAAGUCGUAUUAUAUUGUAAAUUCGCGCAUCGCUAAGGCAAACCGAGUUAUAGGAAAGAAAGACUGUUAUCAAUGCUAGGUCUGACGGUUGUCGUUGCGAGAAUAGAAUAAAAUACAUUUCAUUUUGCGAGUCAUUCUUACUGCGGUAUUGGAUGCGGACUGUUUACUGCAAACACAAUGGCGGCUAAAUACGAAGACAACGCAGCUGUAGCAAACUUCGUUGAAUAUUUGAAGAUACCAAGUGUUCAACCGAAUAUAAAUUAUGAUGCUUGCGUAACAUUUCUUCAAAGACAAGCCAAAGAGAUUGGUUUGUCAGUGAAAAUUUAUGAAGUGGUACCCCGGAAGCCUAUAGUUGUAUUGACAUGGCCAGGCAAGGAGCCCUCAUUGCCAACAGUAUUGUUGAAUUCACACAUGGACGUUGUUCCUGUAUUCGAAAACAGCUGGACCUAUCCUCCAUUCAGUGGUCAUAUCGAUAAGGAUGGCAAAAUUUUUGCUCGCGGUUCUCAAGACAUGAAAUGUGUCGGUAUACAGUACCUUGAGGCGAUUCGGAUAUUGAAACAAUCUGGAGUUCAACUGAAGAGGACUCUGCAUGUCUCUUUUGUUCCAGAUGAGGAGAUCGGUGGUCUCGACGGAAUGAAGAAAUUUGUUUUGACUAACGAUUUUAAGGCUUUAAACAUUGGGUUUGCUCUGGACGAGGGCAUGGCGAAUCCCACGGAGGAAUUCAUUAUCUUCAACGGAGAAAGGAGUAUUUGGCAACUCCAUGUGAACUGUACCGGACCACCAGGCCAUGGUUCGCUGUUAAUUCCUAACACUGCGGGGGAAAAGCUACGUUAUAUUAUAGACAAAUUCAUGGACUUCAGGGAGGAGCAGAAUAAAAUUUUACACGGAGACUCUAAGCUGACCAUCGGCGACGUGACUACAGUAAACUUGACUCAAGUUUACGGAGGCGUGCAAUCAAAUGUCAUACCUGAAAAAUUAACAGCCGUUUUUGAUAUUCGGUUAGCGGUGACCGUUAAUCAUGUUCAAUUUGAAAAUCGGGUAAAACGAUGGUGUGAAGAGGCUGGCGACGGUGUCACUUUUGAAUUUGAACAAAAAAAUCCUUUUGUGGAAUGCACUAAAACCGAUGCAUCAAAUCCAUACUGGGUUGCGUUUAAGAAAGCAACUGAUGAAAUGGGUUUGAAAUUAGACAUUCGUAUAUUCCCUGGAGGCACGGACAGCAGAUACAUACGUAGGGUCGGAAUCCCGGCUAUUGGAUUUUCCCCAAUGAACAAUACCCCGGUUUUGUUACACGAUCACGACGAGUUCUUGCGAGCUGAUAUCUAUUUGAAAGGCAUCGAUAUUUAUGUCAAGUUGUUAGCAGCAGUGGCUAAUGUUUGAUUUUAUUUAUAUACCAUGUUUUGUGUAACCAUCCUAUUUUUAAUGAUUACUUAUGUAUCACCAUAAGUAUAAAUAUAAAAUUGUCUAUAAUUGUUAAUGUAUAUUAUUAUUAAAUAUUUGUUGUUACUAAUUACUUA